CAGUGAUCGUAUAGUUGUGCUAAAUACUUGACAUCACCCAUAUGUUCUGACUCGGUUCAAUGUCGCUCACUCUCAUCUCAACUUCAAGUUAACCUCUCUAAGAUCCUCACCGAUCAUCCCUAGUCCAGUCCUUCUUUCCUAAUUUGCUACCCCUUGCUCACAUUUUGGCGCGACAUGGUCCCUCGUAGACUUCCAUACCGUCUGCAAAUGAAAACCACGUGUGGAUUGCUAGUUUGCUUUGUUUUGGUGAGACAAAAGCUGGUUUCUAGUGGAUCAACCUGUUGAAUCCUAUAGGGAUUUUUGAUUGGUGAAAAUUUGAAAAUGAAAUUGGAGUUUGACGUAAAUAGCGGGCUAUAAAGGAUGGGACAUUUUUUGUGAAAAAAUAACAGAAGCACGAAUACAAAAAUGGUGUAUCAAUAUGGAGCGCGCCAGUUCAGUCCACGUAUAAGGACCUAGCGUGCUUUUACACGGCUGCUCAGUUUCGAGUUGUGCUUCCGUUAACGAUUUUGUUUAAUGCUAUAAUUUGUGAGUCCAAUGGAAUGUUUGAAAGCAUUGCUAGAGUUAGCUUAAAAACCCUGACUGAUCAACUAUUGAAGGAAUAUUCUAUUAAUUUGCAGUAGCAGUAGCAUCGCCACAUUGAAGUCCCUUUGUACGCCAUAAGUAGAUUUUGGAAGGCAUGGAGAACCGCAAGCUUGUCCUAAAUGAUAUUCAUUCCUCUAUGAUAAUGGCUGACCUAUUCAAAGCUGGUGUUGUCAAAUUCGGCGAGUUUACAUUGAAAAGUGGUGUAACUUCACCAAUUUACAUUGAUCUUCGAGUUGCCAUAUCUCAACCCGAACUUCUCACGAAUAUCGCCGACGCGGUGGGUCGUGAGAUACGGCGGGCCGGCGUCGAGUACGAUCGAUUAUGCGGCGUUCCUUAUACGGCUCUGCCAAUAGCUGCUGUGCUUUCGUCUAGGUCGAACAGAUCAAUGAUUUUUCGGCGGAAGGAAGCCAAAAGUUAUGGCACGAAAAAAUUAAUUGAUGGCGAAUAUCAGCAAGGAGAUAGGAUCGUAAUUGUAGAGGACGUCGUUACGAGCGGAUCAUCUAUAUUAGAAACUGUGAAACUGCUCGAAGAUGUUGGCCUUAAGGCGACUGAAGCGUUUACGGUAAUCGAUCGCGAACAGGGUGGAAAAGAAUUUUUGAAAGAGCACGGCGUUAACCUGCAUUCGAUUUUCACUUUGUCGAGCAUUAUUACUCAGUUAGAGACUGAAGGUAAAAUCGCUUCUAAUACAGCUAAAAAAGCUCGCGAUUUUAUCGCGAAUGUCCGUCCUGACCUAACAGCCGAUGCGAAAACUUUGGUCAAACCACGAAUUUCAUUCGAGGAGCGGGCAAAGUCUGCUAGACACCCUGUUGCCAAACGCCUAUUUGAAAUUAUUUCCGCGAAGAAGACGAACUUAUGUGUAGCUCUUGAUGUGACCACUACUGACAAAUUGUUGCAGCUUGCGGAACAAUUGGGUCCGUACGUUUGUGCUCUUAAAACUCAUAUAGAUCUCAUUGACGACUUCGACUAUAGACAGGUUAUACCCCGCCUCCAAGAGCUAGCUCGCAAGAACAACUUCCUUUUGUUCGAAGAUCGAAAGUUUGGUGAUAUCGGUGAAACUGUACAGAGACAGUAUUCUAAGGGUAUCUACCGAAUCUCUGAAUGGGCUGAUCUUGUGACCGUGCACGGUAUCCCGGGUCCCGGAGUUAUUCAGGGUCUUGCUAAUUGCGUGAAACCUUACACCGAACGCGCCUGUAUUGUGGUAGCCGAAAUGAGUUCGAAUGGAACGCUUACAACCGAAGCCUACAAGAAGUCCAGUGUCGACAUCAUUGAGAAGCAUAGUGAUUUUGCAAUUGGGGCAGUGUCCCAAAGCCGGCUCAGCGAGUCUUCUUCAUUUGUGCAUAUGACGCCAGGUGUUAAAAUAAACGGCGGCGGAGACACUCUCGGGCAGCAGUACGUGACGCCCCAGAUUGCAAUCGGCGAAAGGGGUGCAGACGUGAUCAUUGUAGGACGAGGGAUCACUGAAGCCCCGAACCCGGCAGAUGUUGCUGUCCUAUAUGCGACCCAGGCGUGGAAAGCAUACGAGGUUCUCAGUGCCUAGGCUUAGAGAGUUUCUUAUACACCGCGAUUCAUCGAUUUCAGCAAGCGGCCCAUUGGUGUCUAGCUAUUAUUUUUGUCGCUUCAAAAAGCCAGCGUUACAAAUUACGUCGGAUUGAACUGUUGAAGUACUAUUGAAUAUAAUAGUACUUGAACUGACUCAAGUUUUCAAGCUUUUUUUUAAUGAAUAAUAAAGGAAUUUAACAUACACAAUGAAAAAAUCCCAUAAUUAAACGCCAAAUAGUGAAAAGCACUAGAUUUGUAACGUUCUCCGCUGUUUCCUGUUAUUAAAUAAGCGAAGUUAUUUCUGUGACACGUAAGCUGAAAAUCUUUUAUUUUUGCAUCCUUUGAUGUAAACAAUGCUAUUAAAAUUUAAGAAAAAUUCUGCUUUAACUUAAUGCUGUACAUGUGUCUUGCGUUUAACAAGUUUAAAUUUAAUAAUAAGAUUAAUAAGAAUUACUAAUAGUGAGUUACAAUUAAGCAAUGAACAGUAAGUAAGUGAUAGAUAUAAUGGUAAUUCAGAGUAAAUAAUUGCCUAUUUUUUAUUAACUACGAUGGAAUGUAUUGCACCUAACUAUAAUGAUUAAGCAGAGAUGAAGGUUUAUCCGUCAACGAUCGCGCAUUUUGCAUGCAGCUGGAUGUUCAUAUAUAACCAAAUAAAUAAGUCAAUAAAAUAAACAACAUAUUUUACUACUAAAAUUGGUACGAAUAACUUUUCAAGCCAAUUUUUACUAACCAAAAAAAUGUAUAAAAUAUUU